GCUUCUGCGCAAUCUGUGGUGGCGUCGUAAUGCCUCGGGGAAAGGGAAGCGGAUGGGACAGCAAAUCGCUGCCUCUGGUUUAUUAUUUUUCUGCUGACAGGGUUUGGUCCCUGGUUCUUCAUCUUUUGUCUGUUGCGCGCGUCCCGCCCUCCCCAUUCGCUUUCCCGCUCCUUGGAUCCAGCCCUCUGGGCACUCACGCCAGUUCUCUGACCCCGCUGAGAGCCCCUCCCGGUCCCCUGGCGGGCCUGGCACGGAGGCGGUAACUAUGGAGAAUAUGGCGGAGGAGGAGCUGCUACCCCAGGAGAAGGAGGAGGUGGAGGUGACCCAGGUCCCGGUCCCGACCCCGGCCCCGGACACAGCUCGGGUCCCAGCUCCGACCCCGGACUCGGCCCCGACCCCGGAUUCGGCUCCGACUCCGGCCUCGGCUCCAGCCCCAGUCCCUGCCCUGGCUCAGGCGCCGGCCCUGUCCCCGUCCCUAGCGUCUGCCCCUGACGAGGCUGAAAGCAAGAGACACAUCUCAAUUCAAAGGCAGCUGGCUGAUCUAGAGAAGUUAGCUUUUGUAACUGAAGGGGAUUUUGACUCGGCCAGUUCAUUGAACUCAGAUAAUCUUGAUGCAGGAAACAAACUGGUUUGUCCAUUAUGCCCUAAGGAAAAAUUCAGAGCUUGUAAUAGCCAUAAACUUCGUCGUCACCUUCAAAACUUACACUGGAAAGUCUCAGUUGAAUUUGAAGGUUACAGGAUGUGCAUCUGUCACUUACCUUGUCGACCAGUAAAACCAAACAUUAUUGGAGAACAGAUAUCCAAUAAAAUGGGCGCCCAUUAUCAUUGUAUCAUUUGUUCAGCAACAAUCACCAGAAGGACUGAUAUGCUAGGACAUGUUAGGCGCCAUGUGAAUAAAGGAGAGACUAAAUCCAGGUAUAUUGCUGCUUCUGCUGCUAAACCACCUAAGGAAAUUUUUAAAGAGGCAGACACAGAUGUACAAGUUUGUCCUAACUAUUCUGUACCUCAGAAAACAGAUACCUACUUUAAUCCCAAAAUGAAACUAAAUCGGCAGCUAAUAUUCUGUACAUUGGCUGCUUUGGCCGAGGAACGAAAACCUUUGGAAUGUCUAGAUGCCUUUGGAGCCACUGGGAUAAUGGGAUUACAAUGGGCAAAACAUCUUGGAAAUGCAGUCAAGGUUACGAUUAACGACUUGAAUGAAAACUCUGUGACACUGAUUCAGGAAAACUGCCACUUAAACAAAUUGAAAGUGGUGGUGGACAGUAAGGAAAAGGGAGAGAGAGAUGGUAUUCUGGAAGGAGAGGAAAACCUUGGUAAUAUUACGGUGACCAAAAUGGAUGCCAAUGUACUCAUGCAUUUGAGGUCUUUUGAUUUCAUACACCUAGACCCUUUUGGAACAUCAGUGAACUAUCUAGAUUCUGCAUUCAGAAAUAUAAGAAACCUUGGCAUAGUAUCAGUGACUUCUACAGAUAUCAGUUCUUUGUAUGCCAAGGCACAACACGUUGCCCGGCGUCACUACGGCUGUAACAUUGUCCGAACUGAAUAUUAUAAGGAACUAGCAGCCAGAAUUGUUGUAGCUGCAGUGGCAAGAGCUGCAGCCCGAUGUAAUAAAGGCAUAGAAGUACUGUUUGCAGUGGCUCUGGAACAUUUUGUCUUGGUGGUUGUUAGAGUUUUGAGGGGGCCUACCUCUGCAGAUGAAACAGCCAAGAAGAUUCAGUAUCUGAUCCAUUGUCAGUGGUGUGAAGAGAGAAUUUUUCAGAAGGAUGGUAAUAUGGUAGAAGAAAACCCGUAUAGACAGUUGCCUUGUAACUGUCAUGGAAGCAUGCCUGGAAAGACAGCAAUAGAACUUGGACCUCUAUGGUCAAGUUCUCUCUUCAAUACAGGAUUUCUUAAAAGAAUGCUAUUUGAAUCUCUUCACCAUGGUUUAGAUGACAUUCAGCCCCUAAUAAAGACACUGAUUUUUGAGUCCGAGUGUACUCCUCAAAGUCAGUUUUCAGUUCAUGCACCAUCAAAUCUCAACAAGCAAGAAGAAUAUGGUGUAUUUAUUAAAACUACAGAUGAUACCACAACAGAUAAUUACACUGCACAAGGAAAGAGAAAAGGUAAUGAAACAAUCACAAAUUUAGCCAAGAAGCAAAAGACUGAUGUCAGUACUGAACAUCCUCCCUUUUAUUACAACAUCCACAGACACAGCAUUAAAGGGAUGAAUAUGCCAAAGUUAAAAAAGUUUCUGUGCUAUCUUUCUCAAGCAGGCUUUCGAGUAAGCCGAACUCAUUUUGACCCAAUGGGUGUUCGUACAGAUGCACCCCUGAUGCAGUUUAAAUCUAUCCUUUUAAAGUACAGCACCCCCACCUACACUGGAGGACAGUCAGAGGGCCAUGUCCAGUCAGCAUCCGAAGAUACAGUAACUGACAGGGUUGAAAUGUCAGUGAAUGACAAAGCAGAAGCAAGUGGUUGCAGAAGAUGGUAAAUGUAGACUUUAUUUGCAGAUGUCUGUAUAGAUGGCCUAAUUGUUCUCUAUACCAACUGUAGUUCUUUUCUAUUCUUUCAACUCAGUGGUGUAAAAAUAAAAACAGUACUGUUUUCAUUCAAUAAAUUAGCAGUUUCUAAUUUUAAGCUGGUUUGGAAGCUACGCUUUUCAAGUUUUUCUUAAAGAAAACUUAAAAUUUUAAAGAAAACAUUUCAUAUGAAGUCAAGUUUAUGACUGAGAUCACCCUACUGUUUAAUAACUCAAAAAAUUUUUACAUGCAAAGUGUUUGGAAUUUUAUGUUAUAGAAGCCAUUCUUUACUAUUCGUAAUCACAUCUGUACUUAAACUGCCCUGAAUAGAAUUGGAAGAACAGUGUCCUUUCAGGUCACUAACGUAUUUCACAAUUACGAAGCUAAAAUAUAAUCCUGAUUUUAAGAAAUCAUACCUAUCCCACAUUGAUCUUUUAUUACUGGCUUUUGAGAAAUUAAAUACUUGCCUGAGAUAAAAAUAUAUUUUUCUGGUAAGUUUAAGGUCUAGGUGACUAAACUUCAAAGUAAGAUUUUGUCAAAGAAAAAUGAGACCAUUGUUGUAAUUGUUUGCAAGCACUGAAAUUCUCAAGUAGAGAUUUUGUUAUAAAUUAAACAAAUUGGGUGAUCUCAAGUGCCUCAGUUAAUGCACGUACCAUUUUCAUUUGCCUGGUUGUGCUACCUCAGAUUUAAACUUGUUACCUUAUGAACCUACGAAGUAAGGAUUUUUUGUUUUCAGGGUGUUUCUUUCUUUUGUAGGGUUUUGUUUUUGUUUUUGUUUUUUUUUGGGGUGUGUGUGUACUGAUUUUUUGUGUAAGUAGCCCAAGCUAACAUAACAAUGAAAAUUAGUUGGAAAAAAAGUUUUUGUUUCCAGUAAUAAAUACUGUUCUUGCUUCAUCUGAAUUAUGAGUUUGGGUGAAAGGAUUUAGUAUAAAGUUUAGAUUUUUGUCUCAAGGAUUUAAUACAUAUUUACCCUAAAGUAUCUGUUAGAGGAAAUAACUUUAUAAUCAUUAAGCUUGGUAGAUGGAGUUACGAGAUUUUAAAUAUACUACAUAAAAAAAGAAAUCACUGCCAUGACAUAUACAAAAAUCCAAGGAGUGAGGUAUUACAUCUACAUAGAUUAUUUGGCAGAAAUAAAAGAAAUCUCUUUCUAUUAUUA